AUGCGCAAGGCCGGUACUACACAGCUACGCAUGCGCAAGGCCCGGCAGGGCAGUAGUACGCAGCUGCGUUUCCCUUGUCUUUACAUUUGCAUCAGUAUUCACAAAGCAGAAGGACUAGGAGGCCUGAGGCCUGAGGCCCGGGGCCCGGGUCCUACCGUGGCUGCCCCGCGGACUGUCGCUGUUUUCGGCGCUUCCGGAUAUCAAGGUGGGUCAGUGGCGAUGGCCCUAUUGAAGGAUGGUUCAUUCAAGGUAAGAGCUAUUACUCGGAACCCAAGAAAAAAAGCAGUUCAAGAAUUAAAACAUCUUGGAGCUGAGAUUGUGAAAGCUGACCUGGACAAUGAAAAGAGCCUGUUGGAAGCACUGAAAGACGUAUAUGGAGUCUUCUUAGUCACAGACUACUGGGAGUAUAUGGACAAAGAUAGAGAACUCAAGCAGGGUAAGAGAGUAGCUGACAUUUGCAGCCAGUUUGACGUGAAGCACAUUGUGUUCAGUGGGCUUGAGAAUGUAAAGAAGCUGACUGAUGGAAAGCUGGAUGUGCCACAUUUUGAUGGGAAGGGAGAGAUAGAAGAGUAUUUCCGUGAAAUUGGUGCUCGCAUGACAAGUGUGAGAAUGCCUGACUACUUUGAAAAUUUUCUUCACGUGUUUAGACCUGUUAAGUCAGGCAAAGAAUAUUAUGUUUUGGAUAUUCCAAUGGGAGGAGUUCCAAUGGAUGGAAUGUCAGUAGAAGACUUGGGUGGAGUUGUGCUGGCCAUCUUCAAAAACCCUGAAAAAUAUAUUGGGAAGGAGAUAGGUCUCAGCACUGACAAACUUAAAAUUGAGGAGUAUGCUGCAAUUAUGUCUCGACAUACUGGAAAAUCAAUUCAAGAUUCUAAGAUAUCAGUCAAGGAAUAUGAGGAACGGAAUUUUCCAGGAGCCCAAGAACUUGCCAAAAUGUUCCAGUUUUAUAUGAAACAACCUGAUCGCAACAAGGAUCUGACGUUAAUGUUAAAUCCUGAGGCACAGUCCUUUGAAGAAUGGAUGUCAAAAAACAAGAAUGCUUUUAUAAAUGACUGAAUGCCAAAUUUAAUUUUUAAUGUGGCUAAAUAUACUCUCAAUAAUCAUCUGAAAAUGAAUUCAGACUAGUAUCAGAUACGUGUUAUUCUGUAGGAGGUAUUAAAUAAGCAUUUUUCUUCAUUUAACAUCAGACAAGCGUACCUUCAAUCAUUUAACUCUAGAGUAUUCAGUGUCUCUGAUUUCAGUAGUUCCACGAUUAUUGCUUUCAUCUGUAACAGAAGGAUCAUAAAGGUCUAAAAUACCUUUCCUCCUCUCUACCUUGAUUUAUUCCUUUAAGAUAUUCAUAUGUAUUAGACCAAACAUUUGCUUUAAUCAUCUGCUUUAAUAUCUCCUUAAGUAGCUCUGUGAUAUAUUUUGUUUUAUAAUGUCUCUUAGGUGGUGAAACACCUCAGGAGAUUUAAUCAUCAUCUUAAAUGCACGAUUUUGUAUAUAUGGCAUAUCAUCAGCCAAUCAAUAUUUUCUGUGUAUCAUGAGUCAAUCCUUUUUUCUAUAGGAUAAAGUAAGCACUAUUGUUUAUCUGGGGUCAAACGGGCAUCAUUUUGUGUCUAGUCUCAGGUACUUUAAUAAAGUGCCACUUGAGAAAGUGUUAUACAAGAAAACAUCAAAUGGAAUUGGGGGACUUGUAAAAUGAAUAUCUGUAAUAUCACACUGACCAAUGACUAAAAGGUGAGACAGCUUUAUACCUGAAUCAUGAAUAGAUGGUCCCAUGCAAGAGCAAGAAAAAAGAGAGAUGAGCUGAGUGGAGAGUCAAACCCAAGGGGGCAGCCAGAUCAGGCCGAGGCCGAGAGGGAAGUUGGGGGUGGGGGAGAUAGGAGAAAGUGAGGACUGGAGGUGUUGGAAAAGCGCAGCAGGUCAGGCAGCAU